CAACACGGUUCCAAUAAUGGUGGAGUCCACAGGGGUGCAGUGCGUAAGAGAAAGAACACCAGAAAAGUUGCCCUGUGAAGAAUGCCUUCUGCCUCCGUGAAACUGGAAAAGCAAGGGUCUCAAGAGACCCUUGAUCCCUUCCAGAAAGUAAUGAGCCUCGUAGAGAAGAAAAUUCGGAAUUUAGAGAAGCGGAAGAACAAAUUGGAGCAGUAUCGCGUAGACCUCCGAGCAGGUAAAGAACUGAAUGAGGAUCAGCAACAGGCAGUAGGAAACUAUGAUUGCGUACUGGGAAACCUAGAGUUGAUUAGAGAAUUGAACCAGCAGUUUGCAGGUAUCUUAACAGACCACAAUAAAAUGCUGAAGAAGCAGAUGAAGAAAGAACAGAUAGAGAAGCAACAAGAGGAAAUCAACAAAGUGAAGGAGAUACUUAAAAUCCAGGAUGUUCUGCAGCAAAUAGGUCAAGAAGAGGUACGUGCAGAUUUCUUGGCUGGGACCAAUGGUGCGGCACAAAUGUCAGCUGAGAUUCUAGACAGUCUUGAUGAGUUGUACAAGCUGGUCACACCUGUAAAAGCUGAGGGCCAGACAAUAUUGGAAUUCCAGGUUGAUUUGAAGGGUGCAGCAGAGCACCUGAUUUGGCUGAUGGAAGGGAGGAGCAAAGACAUUGCUACUACAACAUACAAGGCACUGCAGAAUGUUGUGGAUGAGAUUGCAAGUUGUUCCUAUCCUGAGAAAAAAAUUAACGAAGAUGAAGAGGAAGUCACAGCUGUUGAAAUUCAGGAGGAGGUUCCUGAAUAUACGAAUGGUUUAAUGGUGGAGGAGACAGACGAAAUUAGCCCUAUCACAGAGGCAGAAGCAAGCAGUCCUGUCACAGAAGGUCCACCCCCGGGCCUUGCUCCACCAACAGUGGCCCCUAUACUGUCCCCAACUUUGCCUCAAGAGCCUGCUACUGUUUCCCCAGCACAAGAAGCAUUGGUUGCAGCCAUGGCACAGAUGACUACUGCCACCAUACCUGGAGCACCUCCACAAGCACCAGGGAUGCCUCCUGCACCCUCAUAUUUUACACAACCACCUCCACAACCAACACCACAACCUCCUCCCCCUACUCCACAGCAGGCUCCACAGCAGCAGCAAGCACAGCAAGCACCACCACCUCUACCUCAGCAAACAUCUCUACAGCCUCCUCAACCACCUCAAUUGCAGCCUAUUUCAUUGAAUGACUUGGUAACACCUGGAGGUUUUGACUUCUUACAGGAAAGUCAGGUUGCUCAGGAGCCUUCUACAGUUUAUAUGGAUCCAGCUGUGGUAUCCAUUGGCAGCAUCAAAACUGAUUCUGUAUCACAAAGGUCUGUUUCACCUGUUCCACAGCAACUUCAACAAGUUGCCCCUAUGGUUCCACCUAAUCAGGACCCAACGCAUCCAUCCAACAUUCCUACACAGACAUAUACAAAUCAGACAUACGGUGUGGUUUCAUAUACUCAAGGCGUUCCAGUUUAUCCAAACAAUACAGUAGUGGAUAGUACACCAAACCCUCCUCCUCCGAUUCCCUUGCCUCCACAGGCCAGACCACAGGAAAAGGUUGAGUUUAAUCCAGAAGCUAGCCCCUGGACUGGGCAACAGGUCUCAACACAGCCAACUGGGCAAGCCAUUUCCAAUGUAUCACAGCAACCUCAAGAGGAUAACUGGGGAGUUGUACCAGAUGUUCCUGUAAAUGGUGGUGAUGACAAAUGGGGUAGUGCUGACUCUGGCAACUGGGAUGAAUAUGAAGAAAAUCAGGGAGGUAGUACUGCUGCUCCAACAAAUGGUCACGGAGGAGAUUAUGAAAGAAGAGGAAGCUUCAGAGGUAGGAGUAGAGGAUUUGGAGGCAGGGGAGGGUUCCGAGGUGGACGUGGUGGAUACCAAAAUGGCCGUGGUGGUUAUGGAGGCGGCUACGGUGGCUUCCGUGGUGGAAUGGGAGGACCACGAGGUGGACGCAGAUUCAGAGGGCAAGGUCCACGUGGGAAUUUCAGAGGGCGACCAGGCGUGUAUCAGGGCCAGCGACAGCCAUACCCUCAACAUCAGCAGCAGUAAGAAAAAGUUGAUUACAAGCUGUGAGUGUGAUGAUAAAAGUGGCUACAUGUGUAUUGUGACACUUAGAUGUGUUUCAAUUUGUUGCACAACGUACUGACCGGGUACUACCUGUGAUUAAGGUAGUGCUUGAACUUUAGGAUUGUAAUCAGUGAACGGAGAGACAAUAUAGGGCAUUCUUUACGGGACAAUGUAAGUGUGAUACAUGAUAAAAGUGAAAAAUUUGCCAAAAAAGAGAAGGAAAAUAGAAAAAUUUGAGUUCUUCUGAACUCAAACACAAAAAAAAAUAAAAAUUUUAAUUUCACUCAACUAUUCCAUGACUUGUAAAGUUAUACAAAAGAAUUUUUUUCUAUAUAAUUUUUAUGGAAGCACUAUUCCUGGUGUAUGGGGGAGGGGUGGAGGGUGCAUUUAUGCUCCCCUCUCUUCCAGGUGGACUUUGACCACUUCAUCACUUAAUCAAGCUGUCAACGCUUCCAAUACAUUAUCAUUUACUGCACCCUCGGAGUUUCUAUUACCCUUUUAAACUCUAGAUAUUGAAGGGUGAGUGGAGCCAAAUUAAUAUAGAAGGUUGUGACUCGUUAAAUUUUGGUCCUAAAUAUUAUAGCGUAAUGCUCAGAAUUCUUCACAUCGAAUCUUGAACAAAUACAAGUAAGAUCUGAAUUGAGGUAAUGGAAUAGAUUAUGAGAAGACCAAAUGUACUUUUAUAACAAUAAGCAUUUUAUUUUAAGAGAAUAUUAGGGUGCUUUUUUUUUCCUAUUAAAAUCUGUGAAGCUAUAAGUAAUUUUUAAUGUGUAUGCAGUGUUUUACCGUUAUCUUGCAUGAAAGCAGGAUUUGUAUUAUAUUUACCCACCCUUGCCUUAUUUCGUAAUGGUCAGUAAGUAUAUAUUUGUACAGUGCAAAUUUCAGGACUUGUUCCCAAGAAAUUGUCCUAAAGGGGCUCAAGAAAAUAUUUACUUGACUCCGAAUAACAUUCUGUGAUUUUUUAA